AUGAGCGUGUUUCCUGAAGUGGUCGGAAAUGAAUUCCGAAUGAGAAAUCCACCCGCUGCAUCCAGAGAUAUUGUGGCUGCUGACGCGCCUGCCCUUUCCGAGUUGUAUGAAGACCCUGCUAGUAAGAGUGGCGAGAACUUGUUGUUUUACACUCGCUCAACUCCAUCCUUCGCCGGAGUUCGCGAAUUUUGGAACCAACAUAACGAUAAUGUUGAGCUGCUAGCUGUCUUGCGUCCGCGCAGUGAGUCUGCUGUCCAAGCGGCGGUGCGGUUUCUGACGCAGCGCAAUAUUCCCUUGAGCGUUCGGAGUGGCGGCCGUGGCGCGUAUCAUCAAGGCCGAGCAGACGCGGGAGGUGUCGUGAUUGACAUGCGGGCUAUGGAUGGAGUAUCAUAUAAUGCUCCAAUCAGCUCCGAUAUUCCCUAUGCCGUCGCGACAGUAGGCGGAGGCAUCACCGUUGGUCCUCUGGGAAGAAGCCUGCAUUCCAGUAAUUUGAUCACACCCACUGGCUGGUCCUCCGAAAUAGGAUUCGCAGGCUGGUUGUCCGGUGGUGGGUAUGGGUUUUUGAGUACAAGAUGGGGACUCGGAGUCGAUAAUCUUGUGGGAGCAAGGCUGGUAACAUCGAGCGGGGAAAUAAUCGACACAGAAGAUGAGCCAAACACGGAUUUGUUAUGGGCGUUGCGUGGUGCCGGAAAUGGAACUCUUGGGGUUCUGACCGAGCUGCGAGUCAAGGCAUUUUUGGCACCCCGAUUCCUUUGCGGUGUCGUUGCAUUCCCUCUCUCCACUGCGACAGAUGUUAUACACAAUUUUCGUGAGAUCUUGAAAGCCGAAAACUUGCCAGAUGCUGUUGCCGGGGAGUCCAUCGUGAUGUAUCCACCCGGGCUGCAGCCUUUGUUUGCCUUUUUGUUUGUGUGGGCGAUUGAUCAGCUCGGUCCCCCUGAGCAAGCGCAAAAAUGGUUAGAGCUUAUACGAUCCUGUGGAAGUGUGGUGAUGGGUACAGUCACAGAAAUGCCCCUCCAUGAGUUCCAUGAGUGGAUCGCGACAACGGCUCCAGCGGGCAACUGCUACCACAUGCGGACUCGCAAUACACGCAGCGCCUAUCUCAACGAGGCAACAGCUGAGAUCCUCGUCCGAAAUCCACCACCCAAUCACCUCUCGGUUGUGGUCAUACACAACGCGCGUGGAAAGGCGGUCGAUUUCCAUCCUGACGCAAGCUUCCCCGUCCGUGAAGAGCACACUACCUACUGUAUUGUAGGUGCCGCGCCGGCUGAAGCCGACGAAAAGGAAAUGCAGCAGGCAGUUGACUGGGCUGAUCGAGUGUGGAAGGAACUCGAGGAGACGGGGUUGGUAAUGGAUCAGGUAUACGGCAAUUUCGAAAACCCAGCUCAUCUGGAUGUCGGCGAGUGUUACGGAGCUGAGUCUGCAAGUCGACUAAGGGGUAUCAAGAAGCACUUUGAUCCCGGCAAUGUCUUUUACAAGGGCUAUCCGAGUAUCGGAUGA